AUGAUAAUCGGUCAUCGGCUUGGUAGCAUCCGUAAAUCAGAGCUUGAAAAAGCAUUGCAUGAUAGUAUCAAAACUGUUUCUGAUAUUGCUAAUGAAUAUAAAGACCUAGAUAAAAUAAAUGAAUUAAAUUCCUUUAAUCAUACAUUGGAGCGAGAAAGGGAUGAUUUAAAUUCAAAGAAACAUGAAUUGGAAGCCGAGGUGGGGUGUAAGGAUUCUGAAAUCACCUCUCUUAGAACUAAAGUAAAUGAACUAGAGAAAGUAGCAGGAAAAGUAUUAUAUAGUUAUGGGUUAAUUAGCUAUCUCAGAUCUAGAGUGAGGGAAUUGGAAGAUCAGUUAGAACAACAAAUAUCCCAGUCAUCUCACGAGUCGAACAUAAUAGGUGGAGCUAAAGAGGAUCCAGACUCGGCUAAGUCCCUUUUUCAAGAGACUAAUACCUAUUUAGCAGAGCAGGUUUCGAAAGCAUCUAGUGAGACUAAUAAAGUGAUUGGAGGCGCUCUCUCUUUUUCUUCACACCGCUCAAAGCUUGAACCUGAUGAAAGCAAAGUUAAAGAUGUGCUAAUUCAUAAAACUUUUUACUGCACUCUCGCAAGCUCAGAAAUGCAGAAAUUGAUUACCUUUGACACAUCUAUAACUGAUAGUAGUUUGCAUACAAUGUGUACUCCAAAAAGGCAUCCAGAUGAGGUUUUUAAUAAAUUGGUAUCCAAACCAAUUAAUCUUCAUCCAGAAUAUGAUUUGGAAUAUGUCAAAAAAUAUUAUGUGAAAUGUGGUAGUUAUAACUAUAAUCAUGUUGAAAAUAUGUACAAACUAGAAAAAAGAUAUGAUGAUUUAGCUAUUAUUAGACCUUGUGAAACACCUCAACAGUGGGUUAUUCGUAUAAAAGAUGAUUUGAAAGAGUUGCUUUCUAGAGAAAGACAUAGUAUAUUUUAUACACACUGCCUUUUCAGUUUAUUUGAACAAGGAUCAAUUAGGAUGUACCUUAAAAAUCACAGGCUGAAAAUAGAGCAUAUCAGCUAUCGAAGACCUAAAGUUCAUAAAAGUCAAAUAGCUAUAUGCUUUAAAUGCUGGCAAUUGGUAAAGAUUACUAAAGUAGAGCCGAAAAAGGUAUAUUGGAACAGAUGGCAUAGAUGGGGUUAUGAGAUUAAAUCGGAGGACUUAAUGCAAAAUCAUUGGAAUAAUGAAUGCUCUAAAACUAAAAUGCAAGAUGGAAGUACACAGCCAUGUUCAUUGACUCCUCCGCCAUUACCGCCAAAGCCUUUUGCAUUAAUUGGUGGUCUCUCAAGAUACUCAUGUAAACAUAGUAUAAAU